UGGAGCGAGCGGCGGCGGCGGCGGUACAGCUGCGGCGGCAGCAUGGCUUCGUCGCAGGGGAAGAACGAGCUGCUCUUCGCCGACUGGAUGGCAGCGCUGCCGGGCAGCCUCCACAGCACCCCGCUCACGAACCUGGCCAUCCCCGGGUCUCAUGACUCUUUUAGCUUCUACAUUGAUGAAGCCUCUCCCGUUGGGCCUGAACAGCCAGAGACGGUCCAGAAUUUUGUGUCAGUUUUUGGGACUGUGGCUAAAAAGCUGAUGAGGAAGUGGCUGGCUACACAGACCAUGAACUUCACCAGCCAGCUGGGCGCAGGUAUAAGGUAUUUUGAUCUCAGAAUUUCCACCAAGCCCAGAGACCCAGACAAUGAACUCUACUUUGCCCAUGGUUUAUUCAGCGCCAAAGUCAAGGAAGGUCUGGAGGAGAUCAACGCGUUUCUCACUGAGCACCCGAAAGAAGUGGUCUUCUUGGACUUCAAUCAUUUCUACGGGAUGCAGAAAUGCCAUCAUGAAAAGCUUGUCCAGAUGCUCAAAGACACAUAUGGAAACAAAAUGUGUCCUGCUAUAUUUGCCCACGAAGUCAGCCUCCAGUACCUGUGGGAAAAGGAGCACCAAGUGCUAGUGUUCUACCACAGUCCAGUGGCCGUCGAGGUGGCCUUUCUGUGGCCAGGCCAGAUGAUGCCAGCUCCCUGGGCAAACACAACAGAUACGGAAAAGUUGAUUCAGUUCCUGCAGGCGUCAAUCACUGAAAGAAGGAAGAAAGGCUCCUUUUUCAUAUCUCAAGUAGUGCUGACACCAAAGGCUAGUACAGUGGUGAAAGGGGUUGCAAGUGGUCUCAGAGAAACAAUCACAGAGAGGGCUCUUCCUGCAAUGAUGGAGUGGGUCCGAACUCAGAAGGCAGGAGAGAGUGGUGUGAAUAUUAUCACUGCAGAUUUUGUAGAACUUGGUGACUUUAUCAGCACAGUCAUAAAGCUCAACUAUUCUCUGGAUGAAGGUGAAGAUGACACUACUUGAUAGUACUGUGAUAUGUGUGUUGUUGCAUUAUUCAGAAUUUAAAAAAAAGAAAGAUUGUAUUCUAAAAGGAUUCUAUUGUAAAACACUCAUCUUCUUGUAACACACUGAGGUGUUUAGGGAUUUAGUGGGUGGGCAUAAGGGAAAUGUUUUCAUCAUUUAUGAUCAUUUUUCAUAUUUGUGUUUAGUGUGAAGAGCAAAACUAAACAUGUUUACAGUGUUUGAUAAAAGAAGGCCAUUUACAGGUUCUCCAUGAGGUACCAAAUGUGAUUCAUGUGUCUUCUGUGGUUAUGAACAGUGCCAAGAAAUUUGUUGUUUUCAGAGCAAGGGGAUGUAUAUAUUGUCCUCUUCCUGCUCACAGCAGGAUUCCCAACGGUGUGAGCAUUGCACCAGGAGACUGAGGACAGUAUAUCUGGCACAAAAAUUUUAAGCUGCUACAUUUCAUCUGUUAGGUGGUUUAAGUGAUCGUAUUUAUCAAUGAGCUGCAGGUUUAAAUGCCUUUGUGAUGUAAAUCCAAAGUCAUGCUUCUAACACAUGCAUAACCAGUGGACAGUAAACAUGACGUGCUAUGUACCAUAAUCAGUGGACAGUAAACAUCAUGUACUGUGUAGCUUGCACAAAGCACAGAUGGAAUCCUGCUUGCUUUUCAUUCUCAAAAUGGGGUUUUCCAAUGUCUCUGCCUCACGUCAAGCCAGCAGGUAUGUGAUACUGGCCUAAUUCUGUAAUCACAGAA